AUGGUAGAGGAAGAGCAAAGCCUUGAAAAAGGCGGAUCCGUUCAUGUGGUCAAAGGAGAGAGUCAUUUCCGUAAUGUGGUGUGGGGCCCAGUCCGGUGGCUAAAGAUGUUGUCUUCAGAGCUUCACUGGAGCUUUGUCUUCGGUGUGGUCUCACUGUACGGAAUAAACCAAGGGCUUGGUGGCUCGUUGGGCCGUGUAGCCACAGAGUAUUACAUGAAAGAUGUUCAAAAGGUUCAACCUUCAGAGUCUCAAGCUCUCACUGCAAUCACUAAGAUUCCAUGGAUCAUUAAACCUCUUUGGGGCAUUCUCACUGAUAUUCUUCCUAUCUUUGGCUUCCACAGACGCCCUUACUUCAUUUUAGCCGGGGUGCUUGGAGUGGUUUCUAUGAUGUUCAUUUCGUUUCACAGUAAUUUGCAUCUUUACUUGGCUCUGUUGUGGAUGACAAUAUCAAGUGCUGCGAUGGCUAUAGCGGAUGUAACUAUUGAUGCUUGUACCGCCUACAACAGUAUCAAACACCCUUCUCUUGCAUCGGAUAUGCAGAGCUUGUGCAGCUUAAGCUCCUCCAUUGGAGCACUUCUUGGUUUCUUCAUGAGUGGCAUCUUAGUUCAUCUUGUUGGCUCCAAGGGAGUGUUUGGUUUGUUGACAUUCCCAUUCGCUUUAGUAUCAGUAGUAGGAGUGGUGUUUAGUGAGCCACAUGUUCCUGGUUUCUCUUACAAACAGGUGAACCAGAAAUUUACAGAUGCAGGGAAAGCCAUGUGGAGGACAAUGAAGUGCUCAGACGUGUGGAGGCCGAGUCUAUAUAUGUACCUUUCACUUGCUGUUAGCUUGAACAUUCAUGAAGGUCUCUUCUAUUGGUUCACUGACUCAAAGGAUGGUCCUUUGUUUGCUCAGGAAACUGUUGGUUUUAUUCUCUCAAUUGGCUCAAUCGGGUCGAUUCUUGGAGCAACGUUGUACCAGCUAGUCCUGAAGGAUCAUCCGUUCCGUAAUCUUUGCUUGUGGACUCAACUUCUCUUUGCCUUGUCAGGAAUGCUUGACCUCAUUCUUGUGCUACGUCUCAACUUGAAGUUUGGCUUACCUGACUAUCUCUUCAUAGUAGUGGACGAGAUAGUCUCUCAGAUGAUUGGACGCCUGAAAUGGAUGCCGUUGCUUGUCCUCACUUCGAAGCUUUGUCCUCACGGAAUCGAAGGGACGUUUUUCGCGCUGCUGAUGUCGAUUGACAAUGCAGGACUCAUGACAUCGUCUUGGCUAGGAGGAGUGUUGUUGCAUGUGCUUAAAGUGACUCGUACUGAGUUUGGUAACCUCUGGCUUGCGGUUUUGAUCAGGAAUGUGAUGAGGCUUUCGCCGCUUUUUGUUCUGUUUCUUGUGCCUAAGGGUGACCAGCACACGUUCAAGCUCCCUGAUGAGAUUAUGGGGGAAGAUUCGGAGGAAGAAGAGGGAGAUGAUGAAAAAGAAGGAAGUCGGAACUUGGAGUUGGCAUCUCUUGUUCAGUCUGUUGAUAGAAGAUAG